AUGAAGCCUUUCAAAAGUAUUCGCCAACGAUGGAGUGAUAAGCAAAACAUCAUAAGUGAAAUUUCAAUGCCUACAAAUGUUGAAAAGCUAAUACAUGUCGAGUUUGAUCCGAAAACGAAGACAUUCAAAGGAUUGCCAGAAACAUGGCAAGAGCUCAUCGCUGAAGCAAAUUUCACCACUGAGGAACAAAUUUCCCACCAAGCAGAAAUAAUCAGCGCAUGCCAAACACACGAUAAAAUCAUGAAACAGCAGGAGCAUAAUGAAAAGUUCCUUGGCGUUAGCGGAAGUAGCCUGGAUGAUUUAGAUGAGGCAAAUAGGAAAUUGUCUACUGGUUCUGGGUUUGAAAACGGAAAGCUUUAUCAUAAUAGUACAGGAUCAGAGUCAAGUAGUCUCCAAGACUCCAAUUCUUCUCAGGCAAUGCUGGCAAAAGUAAUGAAUAAGGCAAUUAACAAAGAUAAGAAUUCGGAAAAUUCAAACUCUAAUAAACCAGUACUUGAAGUUAAACCACCUCUUCCCCUCAGUCCAUCUACUGAAAAGCCGGCACAGUUGCGUCGAAGGGCUAAGAAAAAGAUGACGGAUGCUGAAUUUUUCGAAGCGUUGUCAACAAUUAUUUCCAUCGGAGAUCCACUUGAUAAAUACUGCUUGGAAGGUGUUUUGGGCUCUGGGUAA